AUGUUGAAGGCUCUCAACGCCAAAAACAAACUCGGGUUUGUUGAUGGCUCACUUUCGCAGCCUUCACACGAUGCUGCUGAUUUUGGGUUGUGGUCUCGGUGCAACGAUCUCGUCUGUACCUGGAUCAACAAUUCGGUUUCUGCCGACAUUUCCAGUCUCAUUAUCUAUCUCGAUAAUGCGCAUGACGUGUGGGUCAGUUUGGAGAAUAGGUUCAAACAGAAAAAUGUUUCGAAGAUAUACAAUAUCCAGCAGAAGAUUGACGGUUUACAUCAAGGAUCUUUGGACUUGAACGCAUAUUUUACCAAGUUGACUGGUCUUUGGGAAGAGCUCAAAAAUCAUGAGCCUUUCCCGACCUGUACUUGUAAUGGUUGUUCGUGCAACUUGGUGAAACGAUGGGAGGAAUUCUACGAUCUUCGGAAUGUGGUUCGCUUCCUUAUGCGUCUCAAUGAGUCAUUUACACCAGCUCGUCGGCAAAUUUUGAUGAUGGAGCCGCUGCCUAAUAUCACCAAGGCUUACAAUCUGAUUUCCCAGGAAGAACAACAAAGACUUGUUACUUCCCCUUCUGAUUCUGUGGCAUUCCAUUCUCAGGCUCAUGGAACUGGCUCUCGACCACAGAACAAGUCCAAGCCUCAGUGCACUCACUGUGGUCUCUUCGGUCAUACAGUUUCUCGUUGCUUCAAAAUAUAUGGUUAUCCCCGUGGCCACAAGCUGGCAUCUUCCGGAUCACGCACAACUGCACCAAAUUCCUGGAAUCAUUCUGGUAUUCUCCCAUCACCAUCGUCGAAUAGUCAACACCGUGUUAAUAUGGUUAGCACAAUGUCAGAUGCUCCUACUAUUGGCUCUUCUGCACCGGAGCAUGGCGCUUCGGCUCUCGCACAGGCACAUUCUCUGAUUUCGCAUUUCAGCAAUCAACUUCAGGGGCUUAGCAACUCUCUCGCUGAUCGUACAUCUGCAGCCCAACCACUGAACUCCUCCGGUACUUUUCCUGUUCGCCCUCUCUUUUCUACUGCUAACCCAUAUUUUCCCAUUUCUUCUACAACCUGGAUUUUAGAUACCGGUGCCAGCAGCCAUGUCUGUUAUGACAAGACCUUGUUCUCUGAUAUGAGUGACAUCUCACCAAUCUCGGUCUCUUUGCCAACUG